AUGGCUCCCAUUCAGGUCGUUGAGCAUAAAGAGCUCAAAUCUUGCUCAAGCGACUUUGUUUACGGUGAUCCGAAAGGUUCAUAUCUAGCUGCCAUCAUUUUGGCUGUUACUUUGACUCUGAUGACGGCAAUCUCCAUUUCGCUGUGCUUAGUAGCGAGCCAGCAAAAGGGAAAGCUUAAGGAGCUCCAGUCUGCCCAGCGCAAGGCUUCGAAAUACCAAGCCAUAGUUCAGACUGCACAGGCCCAAGCACUUGAAUCGCAGCACAAGGCUGAGAAAUAUGAAGAAGAGAAUCUUCGUCUGUCUAAUACCGUGGAGCAGUGGCGAAGGAAUUAUGUCGAACUCGCCAAUAAUCACCAUAACUCUACUCGUUCCAGUUCAUCAACUAAUGAGUCAACGAAGCAUGUUCAGAUAGUGCCUCCAACAGAUUGGCAGAAGCCUGGCAACUCACCGCUCAGACAUGUAGAGCCAGUCUCGCCGGUAAGUUCCACGGCUUCAAGCGAAUACGAUGGCUUUUCCGAGAGUGCACCCCCAAGUGAUGGUUACUAUGGCUCCAAUGACCAGUCCUUCACUGCUCAAACAGAGAGAAUGGUGGCGGAAGUCCAUACUGAACAAGAUGGCUCUAAUCGCGUGUCCGACAAGCCACCCCAGAUUCCUCGCUAUCCUUUUCAAGGAAGUGGUCAGUAAGGAUACUGCGAUUCAAGAUGCGCCAUCAAGUGACUCCGGGAUUUCAGUUGCGAGAUGAUCUAUGUAGUAGUAAGUAACUCAAUAAGAAAAAAACCCUACACUCCUUUCA